AUGUGGUCGUCGUCGUCAUCAUCUCUGCUAUCCUCGGCGACGACGACGACGACGACACGAACGAAAUCGAAAACGACCUCGGUUUUGGUCCCACAAAAAAGAGGAAGGAGGAGGAGGAGACCUUUCGUUCACGUCGUCGAAAAUAAAAACCGAAUCGCGUUCACGAAAUUGGAGUUGUCGGAAAACGAAUCUUCAACUGUUGUGGUGCGCUUGCGCCAAUCGGACGAACGAUUCGAACAUCUUCGCCAGGUUUUGAAAAAAACGAACAAAGGCGACGAGUUUAAAGCGACGAUUUUGAACGAACGCUUAGCGACGGGAAGAAUUCUCUCUUACGACGACGACGACGAGAGAAGUGUUUUGAUUGAAAUUUUGAGCACCAAAGAGGAGGAGGCAAAGGAAGAGAAAAUGGUAACUGUUUCGCUGAUCCUCGCGAUGCCGCGGCCGAAAGUAUUGCGACGAUUACUCUCCGUUUUCGCACAGUUCGGGGUAGAAAACGUGCACAUGUUCAGCGCGGAGAAGACGGAGCGGUGUUAUUUCCAGAGCGAGGUGUUGACGGAGGACGUUUUGGUUCGAGAGUUUACUCGCGGCGUAGAGCAAAACGCCUUGGAUUUCAAAUUUCCAAACGCGAGCAAGUGCAGGAAUUUGAACGCGGUAUUGGAGGCGCUUUUAUCGUCGGGAGACGAGGAAGGUAGGAAGGGAAGAGAGGAAAAUAUCGCGAAAAGAGUGAACGGAAAGAAAGGUGCGAAUUUUGAAUGGUUGUUGCGGUCGAUGAGAGAUGAAGAAGAGGGAGAAGGAGGAGAGGAGAGAAGACGAAUAAAUUUGUUGGCGCAUCCGUCGAGCGCGAGCGUGUCCGUUACCGAGGCACUUGCUCAAGAGAAGAGCGCGAUUUCGACGAAUAGAGUCGAAAUACUCUUAGCCGUUGGUCCCGAAGGUGGGUGGAGCGAAGAAGAGGUGCGAACGUUUGAGACUUUCGAUUUCGUAAACGUCGGACUGGGCAAUCGCGUGUUCACCACCGACGUGGCGACGAUCGCCUUACUCUCCUCCAUCAACGAAUACGUAGAAUAUAGUUUAUAG